CUCCCCUAAAGAGAUCUGUUUGGUAGUGUGUGUAAGUAGAGAGAAGCAGAGAUGGCUUCCUCCAUGCUCUCAUCGACCGCCGUUGCCUCCAUAAACAGAGCCAGCCCUGCUCAGGCAAGCAUGGUCGCUCCUUUCACUGGUCUCAAGGCUGGUGUUGCCUUCCCCGUCACCCGCAAGCCCAACAACGACUUCUCUUCUCUUCCCAGCAAUGGUGGCAGAGUCCAGUGCAUGAAGGUGUGGCCUCCACUUGGGUUGAAGAAGUUCGAGACACUCUCUUACCUUCCACCACUCACCCCUGAAUCAUUGGCCAAGGAAGUUGACUACCUUCUCCGCAAAGGUUGGGUUCCUUGCUUGGAAUUCGAGUUGGAGAAAGGAUUCGUGUACCGUGACAACAACAAAUCACCAGGGUACUACGAUGGGCGUUACUGGACAAUGUGGAAGCUCCCCAUGUUCGGAUGCACAGACUCAUCACAGGUGCUGAGUGAGCUGGAGGAAUGCAAAAAGGAAUACCCAAGUUCCUUCAUUCGUAUCAUUGGCUUCGACAACAAGCGUCAAGUGCAGUGCAUCAGUUUCAUUGCCUUCAAGCCUCCUGGCUUCUAAAUCUGAUGAUAGAGAAUUAAUUUUAAUUUCAUGGUUAUUUAUGCGUAAUAUGCAUUUCCCAAUUUGCUUUUGUUUUAGUUUGUGUUUAGGUUUUGGAGUUUAUUCGGUUUUGGAACACUAUUAUUGCAUUUUCCAUUUUCUAUUUAUCCCCCAUUUUAAUUUGGGGUCGAUCUCCAACUCAACUCAACUCAACUGAACUGAAAAGAUUUAUUAUAAUGGAAAUGCAAAUGCAGAUCUGUGAUGCUUUUGUUGGCGAUAGAUGAACAAUAUUAUCU